UCGUAAAAGACAUCUUCAUCUUGAGUAAACAAGUGACUUGACCGGAGCAACUGGUGGUCACAGUUCACUUCUAGAAAACAAAGUGGGGCUCUUGGACCCAGGGCUUCCCGCAUUGCCAAGAGUUGUGACGUCCACAGUUGCCCACACGACCACCCCCCACUAUUGGGGACCGCCACCAGAAAAUUGAGAGGAACUGUUCUGACGGGCCGCCUCUUUAUUAAUACCCCUUUUGCCUGUGGUUGUGUAUUAUUCAUCACUCGACCCUCAAACAUCCUGAGAGAAUCUUUGCUUUCUCUUACGCAGCACCUACAAAUCGAAGCGCCCGUUGCUCUUUUUUUCCCCGGACAGUUUUGGCCGAAGAAAGGAGACAUCAAAACUCUGACUCGACCAGAACCCCCGCCAUCCGUCGAGCACGACAUCACCACCACCAACUUGCGAUCACCUCCGAUUCGAGAAACGAGAUAUAUUUCAGCUAUGGCGACCAUUAGUGGUAGUCGUGCUGCUCCAGGCGCUGCUCCUGGCGCAGAUAUUGGAUCUUCGCAUCCUUAUACUUGCAAUACCUGCCAGGUCGCCUUCCGCAAUGGCGAUUUGCAGAGGGGUCAUAUGCGCAGUGACUGGCAUCGCUACAACCUGAAGCGCCGUGUCGCCUCGCUGCCCCCCAUCUCCUCGGAAAUUUUCACCGAAAAGGUCCUCCAGGCCCGCGCUGCCACCACUGCGCAGGCGGACAAGGCCGGCUUCGAGAGAGCCUGCGAAGUUUGCCAGAAAAAUUAUUUCAGCGAGGGCGCAUACAAGAACCAUCUUACCAGCUCCAAGCACAAGGCCAAGUUCGCUGCUCUGGCGGCUCGCCCACAGGGCAAGAUCCCUGACGAUGCCAGCUCCAUGACCUUCUCGCUUGGCGAGCCAGCCCCUACAGACUCUGUGGUUGAUUCGGACGCGGAGGAGGAGUUUAACGAGGUGGUUGAGGGUAUCAAGAACACCCAGCUGCAAGAGAACGAGAAAGUCUCGCCACUUAGACGUCCCUCCAACCCUCACUUGUCAGCCGCUGCCCAGCACAAGACUGAGCACCCCGUGUCAGAGACACCCAGUGAAGAGGAGGAGGAAUCCGCUACCCCUUCCUCUGCUACCCCAGUGGUUUCACAACAACAAGCUGGUCCUCCCCGGACAAUCAAUACUUGUAUUUUCUGCAAUUAUGAGUCCGAGAAUCCUCAGCUCAACGCCCAGCACAUGGAAAAGACCCACGGCAUGUUCAUCCCGGAGAAGCAAUACCUCGUUGAUCUCGAGGGCUUGAUAAACUACCUCCAAGAGCGCGUGUAUGACCUCAACGAGUGCAUCACCUGCUCCAAGAUGAGAAACACCACUUACGCCGUCCAGACUCACAUGCGCGACAAAGCCCAUGUUCAAAUUCCUUUCACAACCGAAGAUGAACAGCUCGAAAUUGGUGAAUUCUACGACUUCCGCGCCACUUAUUCUGACGACGAAGAGGGAGAGUGGGAGGAUGAGGAUGAGGAGAUGGAGGAUGCUGACACGAACGGUGGUGCCAAACUUGGUGGUCACCGCGCAACCAGGACAGUUACAGUCGACGAGAAUGGUGAUGAGAUCAUGGAGGAUGGGGAUGGAGAAGGAUGGGAGACGGAUUCUGACGAGUCGUCUCUGAAUUCUGAUGAUUUGCACGCCGUUCCCGCGGAGCUACAUCUUCACCAGUAUGAGAGGCUGUCAAAGAAUCAUCACCACUCGUCAAGCACACCAAGGACGCACCAGCAGGCAGAUGGGUUCCAUGCUCACAGCAAGAAGAGUCACGCGGUGUUCUAUGAUGAUUAUGAGUUACACCUCGGCAGUGGGAAGGCUGUUGGUCACAGAUCGCUCAACAAGUACUACAGGCAAAAUCUGUAUAAAUACCCCACGCCAGAGGAGAGGGCCGAGAGGUUGUUGCUCAAGGCCAACGAGCAAGGUCAGGGUGUCAUGGACGUGGACGAGGAUGGGAAUGGGCAGACGGUUGUCCCGCUGCGGGAUCCCAACCCCAAGGCCAGGGGGAGAGCGGUGGUGGGCAGAGACGUUGCCGGUCUGGGUGUCAGGUCUGCUGGCGAGCUGGAGAAGCACAGGGCUGUGGUGGUGAAGGGUAAGAAGCAAGAGUGGAAGGACCAGAAGGACAGAGGCAUGCUUCAGGCGAGACUGGGCAUCAAGGAGAAAGCGCCUCAUCCGGCUACAUACUUGCGUUAGAGCGUUUGAUAGAGGGGGUGUGCCACUUUGUUUGUGCAUUGGGGUUUUAGAACUG